AUGCAGAUGUCUCCAGUCACCGUCUGCCUCGCUCUGGGCCUGGCCCUCAUCGUUGGCGAAGGGUCUGCCUUAUCCGAGUCCCAAGCAGCUCACCUGGCCACAGACUUUGGUGUAAAGGUGUUUCGGCAGGUGGUUCAGGCCUCCAAGGACCGCAAUGUGGUUUUCUCACCCUAUGGGGUGGCCUCAGUGCUGGCCAUGCUGCAGGUAGCAACAGGAGGUGACACCCGGCAGCAACUCCAGGCAGCAAUGAGAUUCAAGAUUCACGAAAAGGGCAUGGCCCCUGGCCUCCGUCGGCUAUACAAGGAGCUCAUGGGGCCAUCAAACAAGGAAGAGAUCAGCACGACCGAUGCUAUCUUCAUCCAGCGGGACCUGAAGCUUGUUGAGGGCUUCAUGCCCCACUUCUUCAGGCUGUUCCGGAGCACGGUCAAGCAGGUGAACUUUACAGAAAUGGAGAGAGCAAGGUUCAUCAUCAAUGACUACGUGAAGAAACACACGAAAGGCAUGAUCAGCAACUUACUUGGCAAAGGGGCUGUGGACCAGCUGACACGCCUGGUGCUGGUGAAUGCCCUGUACUUUAAUGGUCAGUGGAAGAUGCCCUUCCCAGCCUGGGGCACCCACCACCGCCUCUUCCACAAGUCCGAUGGCAGCACCGUCUCGGUGUCCAUGAUGGCGCAGACCAACAAGUUCAGCUACACUGAGUUUUCCACUCCUGAUGGUCAUUAUUACGACAUCCUGGAAUUGCCCUACCAUGGAGACACUAUCAGCAUGUUCAUCGCUGCCCCCUAUGAGAAGGAGGUACCCCUCUCUGCCCUCACCAAUGUUCUGGAUGCUCAACUCAUCAGCCAGUGGAAAGGAAAUAUGACCAGACUGCCUCGCCUCCUGGUUCUGCCCAAAUUCUCCCUGGAGAGCCAAGUUGACCUCAGAAAGCCCUUGGAGAACUUAGGCAUGGUUGACAUGUUCAGGCCAGAGCGGGCAGACUUCACGAGUCUUUCAGAUCAAGAGCAACUCUACGUGUCACAGGCACUGCAGAAAGUGAGGAUCGAGGUGAAUGAGAGCGGUACCGUAGCAUCCUCGUCCACAGCCAUUGUCGUUUCAAGCCGAAUGGCCCCCGAAGAGAUCAUCAUGGACAGACCCUUCCUCUUUGUGGUGUGGCACAACCCCACAGGGACAGCCCUUUUCAUGGGUCAGGUGAUGGAACCCUGA